AUGAGAAUCCCAACUGCUGCAACGGUUGCAGUGGCCUCUUCACUGGCGCUGUCUGGUGUCGACGCAUUCGCUCUUGAUUACGGUCUCAUCCCACGCCAAAAUGCCGCCGAUGUGGCAUCGCUCAUCAUCCCCAUCCUGGAAUGGUUUGGUGUGGCGUUCCCAGAGGCCUAUAUCGCUUGGUACGUUUGCUGCUUAGACCUGUCGGCCACAUUACUGACCGAAGCACCAAGGGACUACAAUGCCGACGGAAGCAUGUGCUCCAUCAGCAUGGAGACGGAAGAUGGAGGGAAUUGCAAAGCAGCCGUCGAAUGCGACGAUGGAGUGAAGAACGAAUACAAUGACUGGAAUGUCUGUUACGUUGGCGGGCGACAAUACUUCACCGACGACCGCAUCGGUCCAUUCAGCAUCACCUUUAGCCAGAAAGACGGAGAAGGAGAAGGACUGACAAAUCCCAUCCUCCAGUUGGAAUACGUGAACAACAGCCUUGAGUUUGACGUCGCGAGCCUCGCCUCCUACUACAAGGACAAAUCCGACUGUGAGGCCGGUAUCACACCAUUGAACUGCGCUGAUGGCCCGUUCAUCUGCGGAUAUGGCGACAUGGGCAACAGCUAUAUAUACGACAGUCGCCUGAAGAGGUGGCAAUGCGGCAUGCCGAAAGUCGGACUGGGCGGCGGUGACGAGACUGGACUCGACAGCGACGCCCCAACGACGAACGGAUAUCUAUCCGGCUGGUGUACGGCACAUGUCAUCCAGUACCAGAAAGAAGACCCCGCGGUCGACUCGUACCAGCUCGAAGUAAAGAUCUACGACGCAAACGAGAACGAGAUUGGCUCGACUGAUGGCAUGGUCUCUUCCGCCGAACCCAUCGCCCUGUCCUCAGUCUUGCCCUGGACGCUCGUCAUCGGCACUGGAUCUAUUGACGACCACCCUGUCACGUUUGCUUAUGGAGAUCAGUCUUGGGACUCCAACAACCAGGAGCACAGCAGUAACUUCGGUGCAUACGAUUCAGGGAGCAGGAAUGGUGAUACAGGAUUUACGAAUGAUACGCAUGAAGCGAUGGAGCUGGAACUCCGGGAGCCGCUGUUGCCGGGUACUGCCGUAUGA